CCGCCACUAGACAAACCAGCCGAACGACGAAAACGUGCACCAACUGCACCAGGCCUCGAUGCACUGUGCAGUAUACGAACGCACACAUUCGCGCGCGCACGCAGCUCAUGAGACCUCACACGCGGCACGCGCGCCAUAAUACAUUUUUCAAUACAUUUUAUACUAUACAACUGUGACUGCAAGCGUGACUUUAAUAUAACAUAUUGCAUUACGAAAUAAUAUUAAAACCGUGACUUUUAUAGUACGUAAUUUUAUAAAAUUGUGACUCUAGUGUAUCCGACAGACCUUUUUUUCUCUUCUUCUCACAGUCGUCAUAGAAUAUUUCGAAGGUGGUACCAUAACGGACGAUCGUUAAUAUUAUUAACUACAUACUGGGUGUCGAACGCAUUAAGCAACGAUCCUGCACCGAAAUGAGUGAAAACAAUACUGAAAACAAUCAACUCUCGACGGCGCCUUCUAAUGGUGUUCAUUUGGGGGAUGAUAAAGUAAAAUCCAAAUUUAUUCACCUUAAAGAUCCUGUGGAAACAAUUAAUGAAAAACCAAACAAAAAUGGAAAUGAUAGUCUUUCAUCCAAUGAUGGAGAAAACUUAAGACCGGAAAAUGAAGAACUUCCUGAAGGUGUUCGCGAAGGAAUCUGCAAAUGGUUUAACUCAAAAAAGGGAUUUGGAUUUGUUACUCCAGACGAUGGCGGUAAAGAUGUUUUUGUUCAUCAGAGAGUAAUUAAAAAAGAUGGGUUUAGAUCUCUUAGAGAAAAUGAACAUGUAGAGUUUACGUGUCAUGAAUCAGAUAAGGGCUUAGAAGCUACUCUUGUUACUGGACCAAGAGGUCAAUACUGUAAAGGAUCAAAAAAAGCAUAUCCUCAAAAAAAACUGAGAUGUUACAACUGUGGAGAUUUUGCCAAUCAUAUUGCUGCCAAAUGCACAUUGAGCCCUCAACCUAAACGGUGUCAUAGUUGUAAGGAUCCAAACCACCUUAUAGCUGAUUGCACUCAAAUACAGAACAAAGAGCCUGUAAUUAAUAAAUUCACCAAAACUCCACGAAAAAAAUCAGAACGACAGAAGCCAAGACCAAAGUCAAAACCUGAAGACGGUAGUGUUGAUGAACAGCAGCAGUCAACUAUUUUACCCAAUCAGAAUGGAGAUGAAAUUAAUGACAAACAAGAUUAAGAUAAUUAAGUACAAAAAGACUAAUAAAAUAUCAUUUAUAAUAAUAA